AUGGCGUCCACGCUGCUGGAGCAGGCGCGCGCGACGCAUGAGGAGAACGAGCGGCUGGAGCGGCAGGCGGUGAAGGACCUGCAGCAGAGCGUGUCGUCGCACCGCGAGAAGUUGUUUCAGAGCCAUCGCAUCAAGAACGUCGUCGACGCCAUCGUCGCCAACAGCGCGCGCCUGGCGGAGAUCUACGCGGACGCGGACGGGGCGAGGAGGGACGAGAUAGCGGCGCUGGGCGGGCAGGGCACGCCCAACCCCAGCGCCACCGUCUUCACCUCCUUCUACGAGCGCCUCAAUGAGAUCCGCGAGUACCACAGGCGGCAUCCGGGGGCGAGAGUGGUGGAGGGCGAGGCGGACGUGGACGAGCUCAUCAAGGACGAGCCCUGGGUGCAGUUCAGCGGGGAGGAGGCGUUGGGCAAGCACGUGGACAUGAACGAGGCGCACCAGCAGUUCUGCAACGCCAAGUUCGGCCGCUCCAUGGACUACGCCUCGUUCCUCGACCAGCUGCCGCAGACACACAAGAUCCCGCGCAACUUCAAAUUCACCAAGGCGUACCGCUUGUACAUGGGGGGCGUGGCGGAGUACCUGGAGUCGUUCUUCCUGCGCACACACCCGCUGCAGGACCUGCCCACGCUCUACCGCAAGCUAGAGGAGGAUUUCGCGGAUCGGUGGGAGCAGGGGCAGGUGCUGGGGUGGGAGGACCAGGGCCUGGGGUGGGCGGGGGUGCUGCGCGGUGAGGGGGAAGGGGGGGAGGGCGAGGAGGAGGGGGGAGAGGGCGGAGAGGGGUACGGCAUGAAGCAGGGUGUGGUGGACCUAUCACAGUUUGACACGGUGGACGAGCUGCUGGACGCCGACCUCGUGCCGCCCGCCAAGGUCAAGGAGGCGCUCGGUGCGCUGGGGCUCAAGACGGGGGGCACACCGCGCGAGCGCGCAGAGCGGCUGCUCAUGGCCAAGACGACGCGCUUUGAGGCCAUCGACCCGAAGCACUUCGCCAAGGCGUUCGCCCCGCCCAAGAAGAAGGGCGGCAAGGCCAGCAAGGGGAACGCCAGCGCUGCUGCAGACAGCACCAACGGUGGCGGCAGUGGCGGCGGUGGCGCGGGCAGUGUGGCGCGCGAGGUGGCGGUGGUGGAGGCGAAGGUGCAGCGGCUGUGCGAGCUGCUGGAGGCGCCCAUUGCAGAGACACGGGUGCACGUGGAGAAGAAGGCGGGGCUGACGUAUGAGGAGAUGGCUGCUGAGCGAGAGGAGGUCCGUGAUGAGGGGGAGGAGGUGGUGGAGGAGGAGGAGGAGAGCGAGGAGGAGGAGGAGGAGAUAUACAACCCGCUGAAGCUGCCCAUGGGGUGGGAUGGCAAGCCCAUCCCCUACUGGCUCUACAAGCUGCACGGACUCAACCAGGUGCGGGCUCAACCAGGUGCGGGCUCAACCAGGUGCGGGCUCAACCAGGUGCGGGCUCAACCAGGUGCGGGCUCUACCAGGUGCGGGCUCUACCAGGUGCGGUCAAGUGGGCCAUUUCUUCAGAAUCAGAGCCCUUCUGGUGCCCACUCUGUGUGCUCGCUCUCCUGCCCAUCGCCUCAUCCCUUGUGCUCUGCCAUGAUACCUGGGCUGCUCUGGCCCCCACUUCCCCCUUCCCCCUCACAGGAGUUCAAGUGUGAGAUAUGCGGCAACUACAGCUACUGGGGGCGGCGCGCGUUCGAGCGGCACUUCCGGGAGUUCCGGCACCAACACGGCAUGCGCUGCCUCGGCGUGCCCAACACCAAGGCCUUCCAUGAAGUCACCGUCAUUAAGGACGCGCUAGCCCUAUGGGAGCGCAUGCGGGAGAAGCAGGGGGGCAGCAAGUGGCGGCCGGAGGUGGAGGAGGAGUGUGAGGACCGCGAGGGCAACGUGUACGACCGCAAGACCUUCCAGGACCUGCGCCGCCAAGGCAUCAUCUAG